CACCACCAGGAGAAACGUGACCGGAGAUGAAGAUGGAGGAACAUGAGUCAUGACCUGCCAGCAGUGCAUACAGUGGAAGAGAGCGGGAGUCUGGAUAAUGGGACGCUUGCAACACAGACAGCAGCCAGGCAAUUUAAUGGCAGCCAGAAGGAGAAGAUUGUUCUGGGGGCUGGGGUAUCCCAGUAACUGUUUAGUAGCUGAGCCUAUCAGGAAAAAUGGGGGAACUUUUUCGAAGUGAGGAGAUGACCCUGGCUCAGCUUUUCCUCCAAUCAGAAGCUGCUUACUGCUGUGUCAGUGAGCUAGGGGAACUAGGGAAAGUACAAUUCCGAGAUUUAAAUCCCGAUGUUAAUGUUUUCCAACGUAAAUUUGUCAAUGAGGUCCGGCGGUGCGAGGAGAUGGAUCGCAAGUUGCGAUUUGUGGAGAAGGAGAUCAAGAAGGCAAACUUGGCAAUCAUUGACACAGGGGAGAACCCAGAAGUCCCCUUUCCUAGGGACAUGAUUGACCUUGAGGCAAAUUUUGAGAAGAUAGAAAAUGAGCUGAAGGAGAUUAACACAAACCAGGAGGCAUUGAAAAGGAAUUUUCUGGAGCUGACAGAGUUAAAAUUUAUUCUGCGGAAGACUCAGCAAUUUUUUGAUGAGAUGGCGGAUCCUGAUUUACUGGAGGAGUCUUCGUCCCUUCUGGAACCAAGCGAGAUUGGAAGAGGAGCUCCGCUGAGACUAGGGUUUGUGGCUGGGGUGAUUAAUCGUGAGAGAAUUCCAACCUUUGAGAGGAUGCUUUGGAGAGUUUGCCGGGGCAAUGUCUUCCUGCGCCAAGCAGAGAUCGAAAACCCACUUGAAGAUCCAGUAACGGGAGACAGUGUUCACAAAUCUGUGUUCAUUAUAUUCUUCCAAGGAGACCAACUGAAAAACAGGGUGAAGAAAAUAUGUGAAGGGUUCCGUGCCUCUCUCUACCCCUGCCCAGAGACACCACAGGAGAGAAAAGAAAUGGCAGCCGGUGUAAACACAAGGAUAGAGGAUCUGCAGAUGGUACUCAAUCAAACAGAAGACCACCGCCAACGUGUCCUUCAGGCUGCAGCUAAGACAAUUCGUGUCUGGUUUAUCAAGGUUAGGAAGAUGAAGGCCAUAUACCACACCCUAAACCUCUGCAACAUUGAUGUCACCCAGAAGUGUUUGAUCGCAGAAGUCUGGUGUCCUGUGUCUGAUCUUGAUUCCAUCCAGUUUGCCCUCAGAAGAGGAACGGAACACAGCGGAUCGACUGUCCCUUCCAUCCUGAACAGAAUGCAAACUAACCAGACUCCACCAACGUACAACAAAACCAAUAAGUUCACCUAUGGAUUCCAGAAUCUGGUUGAUGCUUAUGGUAUUAGCAGUUACAGAGAAAUUAACCCAGCUCCAUAUACAAUUAUCACAUUCCCUUUCCUGUUUGCUGUGAUGUUUGGGGACUUUGGUCAUGGGAUUCUGAUGACGCUGUUUGCAGUUUGGCUAGUUGUACGGGAGAGCAGAAUUCUAUCUCAAAGAAGUGAUAAUGAGCUCUUUAACAUGAUAUUCAGUGGCCGAUACAUAAUUCUUCUGAUGGGCAUCUUCUCUGUCUACACUGGCCUCAUCUACAAUGAUUGCUUCUCCAAGGCCCUCAACAUGUUUGGAUCCUCAUGGAGUGUCAGACCAAUGUUUAACAGCCCCAAGGCCAACUGGACAGAGGCCCUACUUUCGAGUGUGUCUACAUUACAGCUGGAUCCAGAUGUCGAUGGUGUUUUUAGUGGAGCGUAUCCAUUUGGCAUUGAUCCAAUUUGGAGCUUAGCUACCAACAAACUAACCUUCCUGAACUCCUUUAAAAUGAAAAUGUCUGUGAUACUUGGGAUAAUACAUAUGAUCUUUGGAGUCACCCUCAGUCUCUUAAAUCACAUUUAUUUUAAAAAGCCCUUGAAUAUUUACCUUGGAUUCAUCCCGGAAAUUAUUUUCAUGUCCACUCUGUUUGGCUAUCUGGUCAUACUUGUCCUGUACAAAUGGUGUGCCUAUGAUGCAGCUACCUCCAAGGAAGCCCCCAGCCUCCUUAUUCACUUCAUUAAUAUGUUCCUCUUCAACUACAGUGGGAAUGACCCCAUGCUUUUCAAAGGCCAGAUGGGGCUCCAGUGUUUCCUUGUAGUUUGUGCAUUUAUCUGUGUGCCCUGGAUGUUGGUCCUUAAACCCGUCAUCCUUCGCCAGCAAUACCUGAGGAGGAAACACCUGGGUACGCAUAACUUCGGAGGCAUUCGCGUUGGUAAUGGACCCACAGAAGAAGAUGCAGAAAUUAUUCAGCACGACCAGCUGUCCAUGCACUCAGAAGAAGGAGAAGAGCCUGCCGUGGAAGAAGUGUUUAACUUUGGAGACGCUGUGGUUAACCAAUCCAUUCACACCAUUGAAUACUGUUUGGGCUGCGUCUCGAACACUGCUUCCUAUCUCCGACUGUGGGCAUUGAGUCUGGCACAUGCACAACUUUCUGAGGUGUUAUGGACAAUGGUGAUGCAUGUCGGCUUGAACGUCAGGAGUCUGGGAGGCGGGAUUCUCUUGGUCUUUGUGUUUGCUGCAUUUUCUACAUUAACAGUGGCCAUCUUGCUCAUCAUGGAGGGCCUCUCGGCUUUCCUUCAUGCCCUCCGUCUGCACUGGGUGGAGUUUCAGAACAAGUUUUACAUUGGAACAGGAUUCAAGUUUUUGCCAUUCUCUUUUGAAAGUAUCCGAGAUGGGAAAUUUGAUGACUGAAUUGUCUCUCGUAUAAACAAGUUCCUCCUGUAAUGUGCUCCUAGAUUUGCUCAAUAUUCCCUGUGAAAUUGUGUUAUACACUGCAGUCGUGAUCUUCAGAUGCCCAAUGUAAAGUGUGUUAGAUCUGCACUGAUCUUAAAAUACAUGCAAUUGGCUACCCAUGUAGUUCCCAAAGUCUGCCUCUAUCAGAUUAUUUUAUUUAGAAAAAAAAAUAUGUAUUUUAAUUUGUGUGUGAGCAAAGGUUACAGGAAGCUUUUUUUCCUUUCCUUCAUCCUCACAUUAUUUUCUCUUCUACCGUUUAUAUCUUUUGCAGUUUUUACUUUUCUUCUUCUUUUUUUCACGCAUUCCACUAACUUGCUUUAUCUCCUUUUUGUUACAAACUCCUCUUCUGCUGUCUUUCCUUUUGCCGUUCUCUCUUGUGUCUUUUUCCCAUACCAGUCAUAUUAUCUACCUCGCUCUCAUCUUCCUCUGACAGUGUUGUGAAUUUCCUGGAUUUAGAAAGAACUUGCUAUAUAUGAAGACAAAGCCCAAUCCCUAACGUUUACCUGUUAAAUGAGAUCAUCACUAAAUUAUUACCCAGGAUCUCAUGGUUGGUGCAAUCUUGGUCAUAAUACUUCAGUGGCGCAACUGCCGCUGACUUCAUAGCAUUAAGAUACCUAGACCUAUAGCUUGUACGUUGUUGCUGUGCAGUAGUGUUGACUUUUAAUGCAGUGUUUGGUGUUUUUGCAGUAACCAUAUGACAUUUUACAAGCAUGCAGUCUUCAGAACCCUUAUAACUUCUUAUCUCUAGAAAUAAUUUAUAACUAAUUUAUUAAUUAAUAUCUUAAUUGACUGGAUUAACCCAUUCUGUUGAUUUGCACACUUGAAAGUAAUAAGCACUGUCAUCACACAUAUCUAUUUUUUUUUAUUUAAAGAGUAAAAAGGAAGGAAAUUAUUUUGGGACUUUAAACAAUCACUAUUAAAUUGAUACCUUCCAUGCAAUAGGAUCAGGAAAUAGUUGGCCACAGUUAAUUUGCUUGAUUUUGUGUAAACAUAAAUAUCCCAGCAAACAAGGAAACGACUAAUCACAAGGAAUUUCUAUAAAGGACACACUGACAUUAGUCAGUUAUAAGCAAUCGGUUUUAAUUUUAGAUGGUGCUUCUUAAACCUCUUAAAGGCUAAAUGCAUGCAACACAUAUACUCAAAUUACACUAUAUAUAUAUAUAUACAGGGCUCAAAAUUUCAGGUUGUAAGUUAAUAGCCACUUCUGAUCCUACCCUCUACCUGCUCACCCCACCCCCUCUUUGCAUAUGUUUUGCCACUGUGAAACACAUUGUGCGGUAAUUUUUAAAUAUUUUUAUUUAUACCAUAACAAAUUAAAUAAUGCUACAUACAGCAAUAGCUUACAAAAUAUGAGCUUAACAGCAAACAUGAACUUGGUGCUUCUGGGUAAGACAAAAGCUGGAAAGAAAUAGAAAGUUGUUGAAGUGAGAUAGUGGAGAAAGAGAGUGCUGAUUUUCUUUUAAUAAUUAUCUCUCCCUUCUAUAUUUAACUGUUUUUCUGCCCUCCCUCCUGUCUUCAUACUCUCUUUUUACCCUCUCCCUUAUCUCUCAAGCCAUAAUUUCUCUUUACACUCUUUCUUUCCCCUCUCUCAUAUCUCUUUACUCUUUUUUCUUUCACUCUCGUAAAGCUAUCUUCUUCUACACUUUUCCUUUUCCUCUCCAAUCUCUAUCUCUCUCUGCCCCCGUUUACCCUCUCAGAAGCACUAAUGGUGUUCCUACAGCAGAGUUGAAUAACAUAUCCUUGCCCUUUCUAGGGUAUAUAAUAUCCCUUCAGAUAAUAUUUUUAGCACAUAGCCCAAAAUGUGUGUUUGGCAAUGCUUCAAUAGGAGUGUACAUUUUACAAAUGUGCUAACUUCGCUACUUUCAACACUCCACCAGACUUCAGACCAUGAGUGAAUGUUGAUUAACAUUAACUCCCUAACUUUCACUCGCCACCAUUAAAUAUUCACUUGCCAAUGGCUAGUAAAGAGUGGAAAUUUUGAGCCCUGUAUAUAUAUUCCUUUCUCAGUUCCUCUCUCCCUCUCUUGUGCACACUUUCCCUCUGUAUCUCUCUCUAUUUCUGUAUCUAUUUGUCUUUAUCUGUCUCUUUAUCUCUGGACCCUUUCUCUCUCAAGUGCAAACUUUAUCUCUGUAAAUCUCUCUCUCUAUCUCUCCCUGUAUCUCUCUCUAUCUCUCCCUCUCUUUACAGACAUAUUGCAUAUUUUGGCUUUAAAGAGGUUUAUCAUUAGGUGUUGUUGUAUCUUUGAGUUGUUGUGCAAACUGGCUGAUGUCCCUAUAUGUUUACACAAAUGGUUUUACACGUCAAAUAACAUAGAAUUGUCGUGAACCUGUCACUGUUCUUGUGAAAUCUGUGAAUGAAGUAUACUGUGUACAAAUAAAUGUUUAAUUUAUGACAAACAA